AAAACAGAGAACUCACAUUACUUGCAGAUAUUACCAAAAGAAGAAGCUUUUGAUUCAGGUGAUUGGAUAGUGAGAUGAAGGACCGAUCAUGGAGAAGGUGCUCAAAGCAAAUUAGAGAGCAGAGGGGAAGGCUUUAUAUUAUAUGGAGAUGUGCUGUGUUACUCCUUUGUUGGCAUGACUAGAUGCUUUAGAGUUGUAUAGUUUUGUUCCUCAAAGCUUUUCUCUUUGUUUGUAGCAUGGGAAAAAACCAGAAUUCCACAGGUGAUUUGAUUUCACAAACACAAACAAAGGCCACAUAUUUGUUAAAAUCAAGCUUUGCAUCAUUCCUCUGGUGACGCCCAUUAUAUAUUUUCAGAAUAUUUAAAAUAGAACCACUCGUAACAGAGAAGUAAGCAAGGUUGGUAGCUGUUGAUCUCAAAGUAAGUUAUGGCAUAGAGAAUUCAUCAACUAAUUCUCUGUCAUUUAAGAUGUCAAAAUCAUUGAACAAAUCCAUUUAUGUAGCCUCUGCUUUACUCAAUCUUGUCGACAAACCAU